AUGAGCGAGCUUGAGAAAAACAAGUGCCGGCCCAAGAGCAUUGACGUGUGGCUGCGCGGCGUCGACACGGAGGUCUUCCACCCCCGCCACCGCAGCGAGGAGAUGCGGCUGCGCAUGACGGAGGGCCACCCCGAGGCGCCGCUGCUCGUAUACGUCGGACGCCUGGGAGCAGAGAAAAACCUCACGGUGCUCAAGGGCGUGCUGGAGGCGGUGCCCAGCGCGCGGCUCGCGUUUGUUGGCGACGGGCCCCAGCGCGAGGAGCUGGAGCGCGUCUUUGCGGGGUUGCCCGUCAAGUUCAUGGGCAUGAUGAAGGGCCAGGAGCUGUCCGAGGCGUACGCCAGCGCCGACAUAUUUGUCAUGCCCUCCGAGACCGAGACCCUGGGCUUUGUCGUCCUCGAGGCUAUGGCCAGCGGCGUCCCCGUCGUCGCCGUCGCGGCCGGCGGCCUGACCGACAUCCUCACGCAGCCAGGCAAGACCGGCCUGCUGUACGCGCCAGGCGACUAUGCGGCCUGCGCCGGCCACGUGCGGCGGUUGGUGGCCGACCCGGCGGCCGCACGGGAGCUGGGGGCGGCGGGGCGCUCGGAGGUGGAGCUGUUUGGCUGGUCGGCCGCGACGCGGAAGAUCCGGGAGCAGCAGUACGCGCGCGCGAUCCGGCUCGCGCGGGGCAAGCGGCGGUUCUGGUGGCUCGCGCUGCGGGUGCGGGCGGCGCGGCUGCUGCGGGCGUUGGGCGGGCUGGUGGUGGCGUCGUUCCUCGCGGUCGUGGCCGCGCUCGACUACGCGCGCCCCUACCGGCCUGUGGCGGCGUGA